AUGUCCGGAAUAGGCGGACAUAUUGAGAGCUUCAAAAGUCAUAUAGUACAUAUGAGAAUUGGUACGGCCUACGGUGAAGUGAUUGACAUGAGAAUUCAGACUAAACCCGUGAUCACAAACGGAUUUCCAAGUGUAAACCUAAGCGCAGUCGACAUCGAAUUUCUCAAAGAAAACAACAUUUGCCUGGCAAACACGAAGCUUAGAGGAGAACACCAAACCCCACAUAUUUUAGUGGGACUAGACUACUAUCAUGACCUAGUAACUGGUCCUUCUCACAUGGUAAAGACUCCCAGUGGUCUACAUAUCGCGAAAACCGUAUUUGGACCUGCAAUUUACGGAAAAGGAGCUGUUGGUGCAAAGAGCAAAGAAGAUAAUCUAUGCUACGGACUCACUGCUGUACAUGAGAACAGCGAACAAGAGAUUUUGAAAAAAAUGUUCGAACUCGAAGGUCUUAGUAUAUAA